UUCCUCUCACUGGAUGUGUGAGCUGUACAAUACCCUUGAGGCUGUCACAGACAAAAACAGAGGGGAGAGAGAGAAAAACAGAGAGAGAGAAAAACAGAGAGAGGGAGGGCGACAGAGGAGAGGGCAGGAAAUAGACCUUGAAGAGAAACAGAGACUCACUCACACACACACACACACCCACACGGAGGACUGAAGAGGACCGUAAUUCUCCAAGUCUCUACUCUACGCUCAGGACAAAGCAACACGCGGUUGAACUUUAGAGCACAGAUACACCGUCAACUGCUAUAAACCUUUACUACGGGAGAACUAGGAUGGAAAGCCUGGAUCAUUUUCAAACAAAGAGGACAAAGGAGGAUCGUGGAUUCUAUUGAUAAACAUUUUGACAAGAAAAGAGGGGAAAGGGUUACUAUAAAGAACUCUCCACAAGUGAAUUAUUAUAUUUUAUUAAACCCUUCUUCUCUGCGAGGACUUGACUGGAGAACGGUUACACGAGUUAUUCUGAGCACAGUAUAAAAAAAAAGAAGGAUUUUUUUUUGUGACUGACUGAGUGGCUGGCUGCUAUCUGAGUAAGUACAGCUCUCUGUCUCGGCCAGUUAGUCCUGCAGCCUCGGGGCCGGAGUCCUGCCGGCAGGGGUUAAGGGGCAGGGGGAGGAUAGGAGGAAGCUGCAGCUUGGAUCCCCAGUACUUGGGGAAGGAAGGGGGUCCUCUUCUAACAACACCGUCACCAACAUGUCAACAAAAUGGGGUAGGAAACAUAGUGAUCAUGGCGAUUUUGGAAUGAAAGCCUUGGUGUUUUAACGGUUGUUCAAGAGUUUUACACUGUGACAGUUUAGAGGCAUUUUGUGUUCUGCCUUUGUGUUGUGCCUCGCUGGGCAUUCAUGGUGGAUUGGGACCAAGAAUUGAGGGAAAUACUUUCAUUGUAUAUAGUUGUUACACAACCCACCGACACCUCUCACCGUUCCCUUGUUUCCUCGACAACAUGAACAAUACCACCCUGCUCCCACUGGCCAUGUCGACGGACAACUUCACCCUGAUGAACUACGGUCUCGGAGGGAUUAUCAGGUCAACCAUCACCCCUUUGCCGCACCACAACUCCUCCGUUGCCUCAGACAAUUCCAACUGCACCAAGAACGAUGGCUUUAAGUAUCCUCUCUACAGCACCGUGUUCAGCCUGGUGUUCAUUGUAGGGUUGAUCACUAACAUGGCAGCCAUGUAUAUAUUCACCUGUUCUCUCAAGUUGAGGAACGAGACGACGACCUACAUGAUCAACCUAGUGGUGUCAGACCUUCUCUUCGUCUUCACACUGCCUCUCAGGGUUUUCUACUUCCUCAACCAGGACUGGCCGUUCGGCGGGGUACUCUGCAAGCUCUCUGUGUCGUUAUUUUAUACCAACAUGUACGGGAGUAUUCUAUUCCUCACCUGUAUCAGUGUGGAUCGGUUCCUGGCCAUCGUUCACCCGCUCAGGUCACGGGCGUUGAGGACAAAGAGGAACGCUAAAAUGGUGUGUGUGGCGGUCUGGGUGCUGGUGUUGGCGGGGAGUCUACCGACAGGUUUUAAACUGGAGACCACGUCACUACAACACAACCACUCCACCGCACGGUUCUGUUUCGAGAACUUCUCGUCCACGCAGUGGAAGUCCCACCUCUCCAAGAUGGUCAUCUUCAUCGAGACGGUGGGUUUCCUGAUCCCCCUGCUCCUCAACGUGGUAUGUUCCGUCAUGGUUCUCCAGACCCUGAGGAGACCUCAGACCAUCAGCCGUGGGGGGAAACUCAACAAAACCAAGAUCCUUCGAAUGAUCGUGGUUCAUCUCUUCAUCUUUUGCUUUUGUUUCAUCCCGUAUAACGUCAACCUAGUCUUCUAUGCCUUGGUUCGCACCGGGAACCUGAAGGGCUGCGUUGCAGAGACCGUAGUCCGAACUAUCUAUCCUAUCGCUCUCUGUAUCGCUGUGUCUAACUGCUGCUUCGACCCGAUCAUCUACUACUUUACCUCGGAGACCAUCCAGAACUCUAUCAAGAGGAAAUCCACGAUCAGCCAUGCCUACGACAUUAAGUUGUCUGAGGCGCUGCAGAGUGAGACCAGCUCCAACUUCCACUGCAGCCUGAGGACACUGAAAAACAAGGUGUUUAACAACACAGAGUCUUCUGUGUGACACUGGGGGGUGUGGAGGGACUGACUGGCUGGCUGGUUGACUGGUUAACUGACUGGCUGGCUGUAUGGCAGGCUUACUGGCUGACUGGCUGGCUGGUUGACUGGUUAACUGACUGGCUGGUUGGUUGACUGGUUAACUGACUGGCUGGUUGGUUGGUUGACUGGUUAACUGACUGGCUGGCUUAAUGGCAGGCUUACUGGCUGACUGGAUGGCUGGUUGGCUGGUUAACUGACUGGCUGGCUUAAUGGCAGGCUUACAGGCUAACUAGAUGGCUGGUUGACUGGUUAACUGACUGGACUGGCUGGCUUAAUGGCAGGCUUACUGGCUGACUGGAUGGCUGGUUGACUGGUUAACUGACUGGAUGGCUGGUUGACUGGUUAACUGACUGACUGGCUUAAUGGCAGGCUUACUGGCUGACUGGAUGGCUGGUUGACUUGUUAACUGACUGGCUGGCUUAAUGGCAAGCUUACUGGCUGACUAGAUGGCUGGUUGACUGGUUAACUGACUGGCUGGUUGGUUGACUGGUUAACUGACUGGCUGGUUGGUUGACUGGUUAACUGACUGGCUGGCUGAAUGGCAGGCUUACUGGCUGACUGGAUGGCUGGUUGACUGGUUAACUGACUGGCUGGCUUAAUGGCAGGCUUACUGGCUGACUGGAUGGCUGGUUGGCUGGUUAACUGACUGGCUGGCUUACUGGCUAACUAGAUGGCUGAUUGACUGGAUGGCUGGUUGGCUGUGUCUGGCUACACCACACAAUAGGGAUGUAGAGACUGACUGGCUGGUUGCUAGCAGUAGCACCCAGGGUCUCUAAAUGGUUCUAUCUAUAUGUAGUUCUGGACUUAAGACUUGUGAAUUUAAUUGAUAAAUACAAAUACACAUACAGACAUUACACACACAAUGGAUUAACAUCAAGCACAAUGGAUUAUCAGCAAGCCUCUGGGAGACGUUGGAGACAUUGGACUUUGAGGAGGACUGCUGAAGCAUCAGCUAGGAAUAGAGGACAUACUUAUAGGAUUUCAGUGUUUAUCUCAGGGCUGCAACAUGGACCAGGCCCCUGUGACUGUCCAUGCCAUAUCUACCAGACAGUCUACCCUACAGUAUACAGUUUGUCUUAUUUGAUCCCCUGUUAGUUAAUAUGUUAAUUUAAUAUAUAUAACUAACAUCCCCUUGUGGAAUUACAACUGUUUUUGCACAAUAAUUGUGCCAGACAGAAGUUAUUAAACUUCUGAAAAAUAUGAAUUGGAAUGGAUUGUGAUCACUGGACAAAGAGAGACAGAGAGAGAGAGAGAGAGAGAGAGAGAGAGAGAGAGACAGAGAGAGACAGAGAGAGAGACACAGAGACACAG